AUGGAGGUCAAUGGCAGACAAAGGAUGUGUUGUCCAUGUCGUAGAUGUGGAGAAAACAAGAAUGAAUCGAUGGAAGCAGAGAACAAGACGCACUCGCAGCCACCGCCGUUAUGGUCAGACCUGCCGCUGUACCUGGCAGGCCUGGUGCUCAGCCUGCUCCCCGCGUACGCCGACCGCGCCCGCUUCGCUGCGGUGUGCCCGCAAUGGCGCGCCGCCGCGAGGCAGAAGCUCCAGACCCCUGCGCUGCCCCUGCUCGCGCUGCCAAACCGCACCUUCUACAGCAUCCCCUAUGAUAAGGCCUUCCGCUUUCCAGGGUGCGGCUUUGCUGGGUACAAGAGCGUCUGUGGCAGCUGGCUUGUCUUCCCCCGCGACGAUGGGUGCUUCCUUGUCAACCCUUUCUCCAGGGCGGUCGUGACGCUCCCUCCUCUCUCGAGCGUCCGACUCCGGCCUCCAAAUGCAGUCGCUAAAUGGUCACUUGAGCACGGGUCAAAAUAUGCCGACCCUUACCCUACAUGGAUGCAUAUCAAUAAGUCAAAGAAGCUGCACGCAAUUAAGCUAAUCCUGUGCUCGUCAAACCUUGUUGCCGCACUGGUCGGCGUUCAACACACUAGUCAGAUCCUAAUCUGCCAGCCAGGGGCCUUGUCGUGGUCGGUACGCGCGUGUGAUGAAUGUAAGGAUUUUGAAGACAUGGCAUUCUACCAGGGCAAGCUCUAUGCCCUUGACGAUGACGAGAACCUCCUUGUGGUGAACAUCAGCAACGACCAAAGCACCGGCGAUCCACAGGUUUCUCGGAUUGGAAGGGUCAUCGAGGGCAAGGCGGAUUUCAGGUUAUACUAUGUUGCGUCUGAAGAGAACGGUUUGCCCGUCAAGAAGCUCUAUCUGGUUCCUGAAAUUAGACCUGGAGGGCCUCGUAAAGCUAUUGCUGGACAAAGCGAGUUUGAGGUAUUUGAGGCUGAUUUUGAGCACUCGCGAUGGAUCAAGGUGUCGACCAUGGGGGAUAACCAGGUGCUGUUUCUGGGUCGAAGGUGCUCCAGGGCUGUGGCCGUGUCUCGGUACGGGUUGUUGGGCAAUCACAUCUUCUUCUUGGACGAUGAUGACGAGUAUCGUGUGGACUACAGUUACGUCGAGGAGAACACAGAAUGCAGUGCCUAUGACAUGCAACUCGGCGACAUCUCUUCUCCUCAUCCAAUGAUUUCCUGGAAGCGCCGCAAGGAGAUGCGUCUGGCAGCAUGGCUAUUCCCCCAGGACUGA